GACAACAAAGUGAUCAUGAAGACGAGGAAAAAGACAAGAAGACGACAAAAGAAGUGCAGCGUACAGAAGAAAACACAUGCGUAGGCAAGGAUCAAGAGGAAAGAAAUGGGUCAGGAGAGGGUGAGAGAGUUUUCCACAAGGAGACAGUGAGUAAUGAUAAAGAAACGUCAGUGAACCAAUGUUUUGAGUCGCCAUUUUUGUUCCUGGAAGCUAAUGGCGACUGCAAACCUCAAUGUCAAACAUACCAGGCCUUAUCAUGCCCCACUCUCCUCAUUUCCUCCCACCUGUGCCCUUUUACUGCUGAGGAAAGUACUGCGGCUGCAGGAAUUGACAGUGAAACCAUACCAGAUAAGGAAUUUCCAGAUAGUCCUCUUGACACAAACAGCGCAAAGAGCUGCGUGUCCAGUCCUCGUCACCAUCAGCAAAAGUUCAAAAAAGAAGAAGAAUUUGAUGACACAACUUUUUCGGAAAAUCAGCUCAGUACUGUCAAUGAGCAUUCAAAUAAGGGUCCCAAAAAGUUCACUUUCUCAAAGGGGCAAAGGUCCCCAUCAAAGGACCGCUUUCAGUCUCCAAGAAGAGAUAAUGAAUCAAGAAAAGGCUACCCUAGCCACGGGAAAACAGAUUUAUCCAAGGUAAAGUCGAGGGUCUCUUUCCCUAAAGGGGAUUACAAGCCACCGAAGAGCAGAUGGUCCACCAACAAUUCUCCAAAGUGCUUGACGCCUGUUGUCUUCAAAUCUCCUGCUGACAUCGUGAAAGAAGUCCUACUGAACACGACGGAUGGAUCUCAAACUCUGUCAGAAAAUAAUGAAAGAACGUCAACCGGUUCUCCAAGCUCCACGGUACCUCAGGAGUUUCGAUGUCAUCACAAGGCCCAUAUCUUGGCUGAACAGCUGCAGGAGGACUAUAAUAGACUGCUGACUAAAUAUGCGGAGGCAGGGAACACCAUUGACCGUCUACGUCUGGAAGCCAAGGUUAAACUACACUCUGACCAACCCAUGCCUGCUCAUUUUGACCCAUCAGGAUUUCAUAUUGAGCCCUCAAAAAUAAUGAGACUGGAGUUUCCUCAGGCUCAGAGAGCGCAGCCCAGCCCCAGUUCCCCACCUUCCAACGAACCCAGUAGCCAAAGAUCUACCUGUGGCCUAUCGUCUUUAUCUGCCUCCAUCUCAAAUAUCUCAGAUUUCCAGGGAGAUCCGCAAGUUGCCAAUAAGCUCUACACUCAGGCUGACGGACUCCUCCAGCAGCUGCAGUGUUUUGAGGAGCAACUAAAGUGCAAAAUACCAAAGUUGACGGGUCUCUCAACCCUUUUUGAAGGACUGGACUCUUUGGAAAAGGGAUACCUGCUGGCCAAAAAACAACAGGAAGGAACAGCAAGUGGCCUUUUUGACCCUAAUCGGGAACUGGAGGAGUUCAUCUAUCAAUGUGGGCUGCAUCUGGACGCGCUGAAGGAGAAGGUGGAACAGAGGGCUGAUGUCGGAAAUCCUCCUUUAACCGCCACAAAAUCCUCUUCUGAUGGUUUGCACUCAGAGAAUCAACAUAUUAUUGAUCCAACAGAGAUUACUGAAAGCAGCAGUGACGAGACGAAAGGAACUGAUUUGAACCUGAAUUCUGCUCACCUCCAACAAAAAUGUGAAAAAAAAGCAGUCAACGUGAAUCAGACUUCCACCACACCUGUCAGUCACCCUGCUAAUGACAGGAGGAGAAAGAAUAUUGACAACUCCUGCAGCAGCAGUUUGAGCAGUCUUGGAGACAUUACUGCAUCUGAGAAGAAGUGGUCCAAACCACACAAUGAGAUCAGGAGAGCUUUUUAUCAGGAUAGGAUCGUCUCGCCAGGGACAGAUAGUGGGUUUGUCGGUUCGGAGACAAGUCAUCAGACGCCGGGUUUGGCUUCCAGCUCUCUCCGCCAGAAAACCUCAAAUAGGCGUGCCAGUGUUUCCGGACAUCAGGAGGUGUGCUCAGUAAAACCUCACAAGAAUCAUACUUCCUCACCACCUUUGGGCUCAUCGCGUUCAUGCAGCUCCACAACAACAAAACACAGAGAAUACCUCCAACAAGAGUCGGGAAUAUCUUGUCAGGAUGAGAGCAGACAAGGCCAGUGGGUCAGUCAGGCAGAUACUACCAGGAUUGACAGUGAAACUGCCCAGACGGCAUCUGAAGACACACAAAGUGUCCAGUACGACGACUCCCCAUCUUGUUCCUCUCCAAGUCCGUCAUCCGCCCCGGCGUCUAACUGUUGCAGCGGCGACGCUCUUAAAACACUGAAAUCCAGACAGGCAGUGAUUCACAACGAUCCAAGUCGAUCCCGACAGACCAUUUCGGCCAGACCAAAGGAGAGGCGUGAAAGAACAAAGGAGUCUAAAGCAGAUCAUUUGUCUCAGCGAAACUACACCAACCAACGAACUUCAACACCUUUGUUCAUUUCCUUCAGGUCUGUGGAGCCAUCAGUUGAUCGAGACGACAGCAGCCAAAAGACUUGGACGAUUUUCGAGGAUGAGGUGCAGAAGGUGGGGAGACGUGCAGCCAGGAGAAAAUUGACACACAAACAACAAAUACAACCUGACUCGUCAACUGCGUCAGACCUUGAAAACUCAGCCAGUCAUCUGCUGGUGACGAGAUCUACUCAGACGUCGAUUGCAGUAGCUGACAGCAAAACUUCAAACCCAAGUGUGCCACACGUCCACCACAUCAAGCAGGACCUCGCUAAGCCUGAGAAAGGUGAUAACGAAACAGGUGGAGCUCCUCCUUGUCCUCAGUGCUUGUCACGUCACAGUGGCUCCUCAGAAACGGGCGGCAACCUUAAGGCAACCCACGUCUGCUGCUGCCAUUGUCAUCAUGGUCCGUAUUGUGGAUAUCACGAUGCCAGGAGAAGAAGUGAGCCGGACUGUUGCAAGGACUCAAACGUCGCCCCGACCUCCAGCCACAAACCCGAGUGUCCCGGCAGAGUGGCGGCAGCCGCUGUGUGUCCCACAUCACUGCUUCUCUACCUCCACCCUCAAGCCGUCCACAUGUACGCCAACAAUUCCAGCUCGCCCUCGAGGGCCGGUGCCUCCAGGCAGGACAAACACAGGUCGUCGCGACCCUCACAGCGCGUGGUCCCGCGGCGCUCCGUGGACGAAACUCUCCAGGAGGCCUGCAUUAUGCAGGACAAGUCCAAACACAUGCUGCGCGAACUGGAGGAAGGAAUGCGCCAUCUGGAGCAGCAGUUCAAAACACAAUACUAACUCCACCUCUGCAUAAUCAGUGCCUGUAAACAUGCAGCUGGCAAGGACACGACGCUGUGUGAGUCCAUCCAUUUUUUUACCGCUUGUCCCUUUCAGGGUUGCGGGGGAAGCUGUAGUCUAUCUCAGCUACAUUCGGGCGGAAGGCGGGGUACACCCUGGACAAGUCGCCCCCUCAUCACAGGGCCAACACAGAUAGACAGACAACAUUCACACACUAGGGCGAAUUUAUUGUUGCCAAUUAACCUAUCCCCAGGUAGGAGGAAGCCGGAGUACCCGGAGGGAACCCACACAGUCACAGGGAGAACAUGCAAAAGAGAUCCCGAGCCCGGUAUUGAACUCAGGACUACUCAGGACAUUCGUAUCGUAAGGCAGACGCAUUAACCCCUCUUCCUCCGUGUUUUCCAGCUGUGUGAGUCAUUUUUGACAAUUAGGUGAAAACUGCAAAUCGUCGCCUGCUCAAGGUUUAACAUUUACUUCCUCGCAUAUUCGCUCUUAAUUGUAAAUAUAUUUUUUUUAAUGAUAACUUGAAUACAAAGCGGUUUGGGGUAAAGAGUGCGGCAUCCAUGAAUCCAGCAGAGGGCGGUGUCUCAAAAGUCCAUUCAACAUUUUCCAGCAGGAAGAUGCUUUGACAAGAUGUAAGUGCACUUUUUUAUAAGUACAACAGUUGUUACCGUAUUUUUCGGAGUAUAAGUCGCACCGGCCGAAAAUGCAUAAUAAAGCAGGAAAAAAACACAUGUACAUCUCACUGGAGUAUAAGUCGCAUUUUUGGGGGAAAUUUAUUUGAUAAAAUCCAACACCAAGAAUAGACAUUUGAAAGGCAAUUUAAAAUAAAUAAAGAAUAGUGAACAACAGGCUGAAUAAGUGUACGUUAUAUGACGCAUAAAUAACCAACUGAGAAGGUGCCUGAUAUGUUAACGUAACAUAUUAUGGUAAAAGUCAUUCAAAUAACUAUAACAUAUAGAACAUGCUCUAUGUUUACCAAACAAUCUAUCACUCCUAAUCGAUAAAUCCCAUGAAAUCCAAACAACUCUGCCAACUCCAAAGGUAUGCGAUGCUUCCUCUUGUCGUUUUCUGCUGCAUAUUUCACUACGUCCAGCUUGUAAUCUGCAGUACAUGAUUUCCUUUUCGGUGCCAUUUUUGUUCAGCCCUUCUCAGUUUUUAUAAAUUACCGCCAACGAUGAAAUGAUCCAUUUUAAUAGCUACGGCAGUAGCAUAUAGCAUAUAGCAGUUAGCAUCCCAUGACCCACAAUGCACUUCUGCCAUAACCCUCCCCCGCCGAAUUCUUAUUAGUUGGGGUCUGUGUGACGAUUGCUGACAUUUUCACCAUCUCUUCCGCGAAAGAGAAAAAUAAUAAUAUUUUUGGAUAUUUCACGGUAAUGUGUUAAUAAUUUCACACAAGUCACUCCGGAGUAUAUGUCAAACCCCCGGCCAAACUAUAAAAAAA